UUCACCUGCAGGAGGAGCUGUGGCUCGCUGCAGCGUCUCUGGAGCAGCAGAGAGAGAUCCCUCUUUUUCUCCUUCAGUGGCAUGAAUAAUAUCCCCAGUGCUGGAGAGAGAGCAUAUCAAGAGGCAAACGGGAAGGGUAGAGAGAUAGCAGCCAGUGUGACAGAUAAGAGCGUGGCACAACUUGUCUCCCUGACUGCACCGUGGGGCUGGGGAAAGAGAGAGCAAGUGCACCAGAGUGUCAGGCAAGGCUGCUGCCUGCACACACACAAACACACACAAACACACACAGACCCCUCAGCCCGGCUGCACCAGAAGAAGUUCACAGAGAAGACUGACCUCAAGAAGGUGGGUUGGUGGACGUUUCGUCUGUGGAUUUACUUGAAUAUUAUGGCUUUCUUCAAAUUGAGCCCUCUUGUCCUGUAGAGGAGUUGUGUGUUUCCCCUCCAGAAGAACUUGCCUCGUGUUUACAGCCUGAGGGAGGAUGGAGAAGCUGUCGGGGAAAGACAAGGAGCUGAUACGAGGCAGCUGGGAGAGCCUGGGCAAGAACAAAGUUCCUCAUGGUGUCAUCAUGUUUUCCAGACUGUUUGAGCUGGACCCUGCGCUCCUCACUCUUUUCCACUACGCUACAAACUGUGACUCCACACAAGACUGCCUCUCCAGCCCUGAGUUCCUGGAACAUGUCACCAAGGUAAUGCUCGUGAUCGAUGCAGCAGUCAGCCACUUGGAUGACCUUCACUCCUUGGAGGACUUUCUGCUCAACCUCGGGAGGAAGCAUCAGGCAGUGGGAGUCAACACACAGUCAUUCGCUGUGGUGGGUGAGUCCCUUCUCUACAUGCUGCAGUGCAGUCUGGGCCAAGCCUACACGGCGCCGCUGCGUCAAGCCUGGCUCAACAUGUACAGCAUCGUGGUAGCAGCCAUGAGCAGAGGAUGGGCCAAGAACGGGGAGGACAAGGCGGACUGAGGCGCACAGCGGGAGCUGCUGAGCAGUUGCUGUCAAAUCACUCAACAUGGUUGCCAUGGAAUGAGGUUGUGUAACUUGCAGCGUUGUGGCUUUGGCUGUACAUUUGCUCAGUGAGUGGGAUUGCAUAGCGUAGCGAAUGUAUGGUGUGGUUACACUUUACUAUUGGAUCGACCAAUCGCAGGGUUUGUUUUCUUUGCUGUGGAUGUUUAGCUACCAGACAAUGCUGCUGUACAGCUUUGAGGAUCUGAGCCAGGCUGCUUUGGUUCUUCUAAGUCUGGACCUGUAAUCUGAGUGCCUCGCACUGAGAAAAAAAGCAACAGCUGUUGAGUCUCUUUGUAUAUAAUGGCUUUGAUAUAUCUACUCAAAUAACAGUGACUGUAGUGGUCUUUGUGAUGUAUCUUAAAAGAGUUGCACAAUUGUGAAACAUUAUAUUUAGGCAUCACACUCUACUCAAACUGUGAUGGUUACUGUGGCCAGUCUGGCAGCUCUCUAUCUAACUGGGACACAGAUACAAAACAUGGUAAAAGUUUUGGGACAAAGCAAUGUGAUUUCACAGAAGAAAAUCCUUUCACCUUAAUCAUAAUCAUUGCUGUGUUUUCUAUUGAUAUUACAUUACUUUUGUGUGUGACUUUAUCAUCUUACAUUUAAAUUAUUGAUAAAUUAUAUUCAGUAGAUACUGACAGGAACUGUUAAACUCUCUGAUAGCGUUCUUCAGAGAUCUGACUGUUAAGGCGUCCAUGUGCACUUUACUCAACAUGGCGUGUGAUGCUCUCCUCAGUAGAGGUU